AUUCCAACACGUAAAUGUAAUCAGGCGAAUGGUCUAAAAAUAUGAUAAAAUAAUUCGAAUACCAUGCUAUAUAUGACUCAAUAUUAAAUUUGUCAUUAUAAGCUAGCUACCAUCCAACUAUGUCAUAUUAUCAAUACUUUUGCUUUAUCUUUACUCUUGGGUAUAUGAUCAAUUUCAUUGGCAAUAAAAGCUUGCUACAUGCUAGCUGGGAUUAUCGAACUGGCAUGGGCAUGGCGUACAUGAGCAACAUUCCCUGGAUUUUCUUCAUUCAAAUCUUAGCUCUGGCUUCUAAUUCCGAAGCCAAAGUGUCAGCUGUUAUAGUCUUUGGAGAUUCAUCUGUGGAUUCAGGUAACAACAAUUACAUUCCAACAAUUGCCAAGUGCAAUUUUGAGCCUUAUGGCCGUGAUUUUCCCGGAGGCACCCCCACUGGACGCUUCUGCAAUGGCCGACUUCCUCCUGACUUCAUAUCCGAGGGCCUUGGUCUAAAACCUGUCAUCCCUGCCUACUUGGAUCCUGCUUUAAACAUCUCAGAGUUCGCCACUGGAGUCUGCUUCGCUUCUGCUGCAACUGGCUAUGACAAUGCUACCGCUGAUGUACUGAAAGUGAUUCCUUUAUGGAAGGAAGUGGAGUAUUACAAGGAGUACCAAACGAAAUUACGAGCCUAUCUUGGUGACAAGAAGGCGAAUGGGAUAAUCUCCAAUGCCUUGUAUCUGAUAAGCAUAGGAACGAACGAUUUCCUCGAGAAUUAUUAUGCCCUUCCUGAUAGAAAGUCCCAAUUCACCGUUCAGCAAUACGAGGAUUUCCUCAUUGGCAUUGCUGAAAACUUCGUUAGGCAAAUUUACAGUCUAGGAGCUCGAAAGAUGUCCCUAACAGGACUUCCUCCAAUGGGUUGUUUGCCAGUGCAGAGAGCCACAAACCUUGAAGACCCUCUUAAAUGCGUGGAGGAACGCAACAAAAUUGCCUUGGAGUUCAAUGGCAAGUUGAAAACUUUGGUGGCAAAGCUGAACAAGAAUCUUCCAGGUUUGAAAAUGUUCUUUGCAGAUCCUUAUUACCCACUAUUGCAGCUUAUCACAACACCUUCUGAGUACGGAUUUGAGGUUGCAGAAGAAGGAUGUUGUGGCACAGGGCUGUUUGAGAUGGGUAUUCUGUGCAAUCGGCAUAAUCCAUUCACAUGUACAGAUGCAAAUAAGUAUGUAUUUUGGGAUGCCAUUCACCCCUCGCAGAGAACAAAUAAAAUAAUCUCAGAUAAUUUACUUCGCGAACUCAAACAACUGUCUCUAUGAUUUCUCAAACAAAUCGAGUUUUCCAACAAUAGAUGAUCCAUCGGAUGCAGAUCAUCGAGCCUACAUGUCCUUCGCCAGAAAUAGACCAAUUUCCAUUAAAUUGAAUGCUAAAAGGCUUUUAGGCAGCUACAAUAUGCUAUUUAUACUCGUUUCUCUUAAUUACAUAAAUAUUAUUUCACUUGAUAGACUUUGUAUAGCAAUAAAUUUGGGGUAAAUUGUAACUGAAAAAACCUGGAU